AUGGGAGAACAAGACUACUUCCUGCUUACUGAUUCAUCUGAUGGGCUCAUUCCUGUUGGCCAGUUGUCCGACGGGCGUUGGCACACGAUCAGCAUCCACUCCAAGCAAGGCGACAUCUUCUUCACGGUAGACGACUCUGAAAAGAUUCCCUUGGCAGAGUUGGAUCUCCUCGAAUCGAGAUUGUCUGCCGUAGAUGUCGAAUUGGAUGGUGACAUCCUGCUCAUCGAUCCAUCGGAUACUUCAGAAAAUUGCGACCUGAACGGAAGAAGAAAACCUUACGGCCACUCUCAGUCGAUGCCGUCAUGUAGCCGCUGUGAUUGCAAAAUCCUCACAGGGAUUUUCCGCGACUUUCCUUCUCCCACCUGCCCACAUAAAGAGGACGACGGUAAUAUCCAUUUUUUGGACUGUUUUCAACUUUCACGUUCAACUAGUUCUUCAGCCUAUCAUCUCAUACGAGACCCUGAUCGCCUCUCGUUUUUCUAUCACCCCUCACCGUCCAGGAAAAACCUUCGCCUUGGCCUCAGCUACAAGAGUGAAUCGGACAUCGGCCUCUUGCUAUUUGGAUUCUGGCAGGAGGACGCGAGCAAGGGACGUUUCCAAGUUCACUACCGGGGACGACAGCUGAUCGCCAUUCAUUGUGUGAACGACGGGGAAGAAAUUUGCAAGAGCUGUUCCGUACAGAGAAUGCAAGGUUUCGGUAAUGACCAGUGGACACGCGUAGCCUUUUUCAAUAACGAUGGUGAGAUGUCGCUGGUUGUCGAUAAAGACGUUUGCAUUCUUCGUGUUCUUAGUGAUCAAAACGGGUUAAGCUUAGCCGAGGUUUAUUCGAUUCCCGCGUUGGCUUCUGGAAGCGCACUAUUCAUCGGCGGUAUGUACUACGAAAAGAAAAAGUCUGGAAUCUAUCUACCGAGCUUUGAGCACAAAUUCUUCGAGAAUACCAGGGAGAAAGUCCCAUCGUUACGGGGAUGCCUCAAAGAUGUCUUCAUUGACGGUGAACUUGUCGAUCUCGCCACGGUCUUCAGACGUCAGUUGGAGCAUACACUGACCGAUUCCGUAGACGAAACCGCCUAUGCUGUACAGGUAAUUCGCCUGUUCAACAACAAUAGCAGCAUUGAGCCUUUUUCCGGUGUCUCGAAAAAACACAAAAUUACUGAGGCUGUAAUUGGCCCAUACAGUAUAUUGCAAGGAUUGCGACCAAAUCCCUCAGUACCUCUGUCGGUUGCUAUCUCGAACCCUGCACCUGUACUGUACCUCGUGCCAACGAAGGCUGCUUUGAGCAAGGUAUGGAUGAAGGUCUCGUUGCCACAAAAGGUCGAUCGUAAGACAAUCAUAGCUGAAUUCAACUCGCACCGUGAAAUGCUCUUCUACGUCUUUGUCGAUUCCGACGGCAUCGGUGUUCAUGUCCAUCCGAGCACCCAGGAGCGGUUCGAUACCAUCGUCACAGGUACGUGA